UCUGAGCGGGUCAGUGUCAGCACGCAUUUCGCAAGCUGCAGGUGUAAGAAAAGCGAAGCUAACGACAAAAUCAAAGGGGAAUCCAUCCACAUACCGCAGGUGACAUCAACAUCAUUGCAAUGGAGGUGGGACAUGCCGCCAGUCCACCGCCACACAUACUCGGCUAUACAGUGCGGAGUCGCACACGCAUCUACGUAUCCUACAUAGUGCCAACAUGUCUGGCGCUGCUGGUGUACAUUGCUCAGACUGCAUCGGAUUUGGCACUCAGCUACCAGCACUUCCGACAGCAUGCGGUGGGCUAUGGAGCUGGCACACUGGUGCUGGUGCUCGUGCCGCCCUUACUCACAUUCCUGCUGGUGAUUACAUCGCGGGAACAGCGUAGCAGCGCCAGCUCCAAUCAGAACAAGUGCCUUGCCCUUGGCAAUGGUUUGCUGCGGCUUAUUCUGUUUCCCUUUUUUGUGGUGUACAGGUUCACAAUGCGCUUGUUUUGGUCCGUUGAGGCUCUCUUCCACGACGACGACGAUGUGGAGCGCAUGAAGUGCUUGGAGAAGGCGACUCAAACCUCCAGCAUUGAGCUUUAUCUGCUGAUCCAAGCCUACGCCCAGGCAGCGCCUCAAAUAAUCCUGCAGCUAUACUUUAUGCUCGAGCAGGAUCUGUUCCGCAACUAUGAGACCUCCGCUGUGCAAGCAUUGUCCCUGGUCUUCUCGGCCAUCGAUUUGGCUGCCAUAACGACCAGCUACCAGCGCAUUGAGAGCCAGCGUCGCGUGGGUCGCCAUUAUCCCUGGGCCACGCCACAGCAGGUUGAGUCGCAUCGCUGCCAGCUGGAGCAGAACGAGCGCCUGUGCUGCGAUGCCGAGCGCAAGAAACGUGAGUCGGAACGCACAAUCGCCAGCUUUCCGGAGUCGGAGCGGAUCAUGGCCAACUUUCAUGCACGCCAGCCGAUAGAUUCGGCACAAGGCGUGGCAACGCACGAGGUGCACUUGCGGGGUGAAGAUGAGGUCGACAAUGAAGCUUUGGAGCAGCUCGAGACGAAGGCGCUGCUGCACAGCGGACCCAAAGGCAAUGCCACCGACGAUGACAAGCUGCAGGUGACGAGACCGAAGCUGCGGCUGUGGCAGAAAGAGCUCGGGGAUCUGGACACCAUUGAGGUGCUGGACACAGUGCCCGAAACUCCGCCACCACCUCCACCGCCGGUCACAGCACCGCCAGAACUGCCAGUGCUAACGCCCUCUGCUGAUGGUCCUCCAGCUCCAGAUCUGCGACGAACCGCGUCGGACAACGAUCACCGGCGGAGUCGUCGGGUGACCAGACCGCUCUCGCAGCUGGAAACGUUCAAGGAUAUGCUGCUGAUCAAUGCGCAACUGUACAUCAAGGAGCAUGUACCACGUCCGCCCAAGCUGCUUAUAGGUCGUGUAAACGAGAAGCCCGAUGAGGAGCGUAGUCCGCUGGUGGCACGAUCACCAGGAGCACAGAUGCCAAAUGGCAGCCCGCUGACGCCCAAGGAUGUCGUGGACUUCUACUUCCCGCGGCCCACGAAAAUCGUGAAUGGCAUUCAGCAGGACGACUUUGCCGGCCGCACCGUGGCCUUUUUCGGCUGGAUUGCCUUCAUCACGAUGCGGAUGUUAGCACUUUCCACGUUCUGCGUCUUCUAUCCACGUGCCUUCUUCAUUGUUUUGGGCGUGCACUAUGCUCUGAUGCUGGCGUGCCUGGCCCUGGAGACACGCUGUCGUGGCAGCUGGAACCGCACGCUGUUCUAUCUGCUACUGGCCUACAUCUACAUCUUUGUGCUGCUUGAGUUUCGCGUGUGCUUCAAGAGCAUUCGGCUCUGGUAUGGCGGUUUCCUAGUGCUGACGCUGGUCGAGAACAUCGCCAUGACGUCCAUUUGGUAUGGCAACGAAGUAUUCGAGUCCUGGUGGUUCGGCUUCAUCGCAGAGUGGAUACUUUACAGCGGUAUUCUGUUCGUGGCCACGCUCAUAGUCUACUAUUGCAUACUGAGACCCAGGGAUGUAUCCCUUAUCGUAGAAGACGAUGCGCCACCAGUCUCGGAACCAGAGACAUCUGUUGCCUAGACACUAGUACCUGUCGUUGCCUGGUGCCCG